CUGAAAAAACUAAAAAAUCAACAUAUUUUGAUAAAUACAAACUUAAUGGUAGUUUUACAAAAGCUGUAAAAAAUCAAUCAAUUCCUAAAGACUUUGAAGAAAUUUUAGAUGAUAUGAAGAAUGAGGAAAAAACUCAACUUGAUCUAAAUAAAAGAAUCAAAAAUUUAAAAAUUGAGCUUAAAGAAUAG